CCCAAAACUGAUCGCAUCAAUUCAACGUCCUCUCCAUCACCGUCUUCCACAGCAAAGCACGAAAGCCCUAAAAAUUAGAACUAGAAAACGAAACCAAACCUACCUGCAAAAAUCUAAUUAGAAAAUUCUUUGGAUGACAAAUUCGCUUGGAUUGCACAAUGGGAGCCAGCCGUAAGCUUCAGGGAGAGAUCGAUCGGGUUCUCAAGAAGGUCCAAGAAGGCGUUGAUGUCUUCGACAGUAUCUGGAACAAGGUUUACGAUACGGACAAUGCGAAUCAGAAGGAGAAGUUCGAGGCGGACUUGAAGAAGGAGAUCAAGAAACUCCAGCGGUACAGGGACCAAAUCAAGACAUGGAUCCAGUCCAGCGAGAUCAAGGACAAGAAGGUUAGUGCCUCUUAUGAGCAGGCUUUGGUGGAUGCUCGCAAACUUAUUGAGCGUGAAAUGGAAAGAUUUAAGAUCUGCGAAAAGGAGACGAAGACAAAAGCAUUCUCUAAAGAAGGACUAGGUCAACAACCUAAAACUGAUCCAAAGGAGAAGGCUAAAUCAGAGACAAGGGAUUGGUUGAACAAUGUGGUUUCAGAGUUGGAGUCUCAGAUUGAUAGCUUUGAAGCUGAGGUUGAGGGGCUAACUGUUAAGAAGGGAAAGACUAGGCCGCCAAGACUGACACAUUUAGAGGCAUCUAUCACCCGCCACAAGGCUCAUAUAAUGAAGUUGGAACUGAUCUUGAGGCUCCUGGAUAAUGAUGAACUAAGUCCUGAGCAGGUUAAUGAUGUUAGAGAGUUCUUGGAAGAUUAUGUGGACCGAAAUCAGGAAGAUUUUGAUGAUUUUAGUGAUGUUGAUGAGCUUUAUAACACUUUACCACUAGACAAGGUGGAGUCUCUUGAAGAUCUUGUUGUAAUUGGUCCUCCCAGUCUUGUUAAGGGGGCACCUGUUCUUAGCUUGAAGACAUCUUUGGUGGCAUCAGCCUCUCAAAUUCCUGCCACCACUGCUUCUAAUCUUCAGCAGGGUACUGUCCAGGAGCAAGUUGAAGAUACAGCUUCCCAGGACAUCAAUUCUGAUACUGUUCCAAGAUCGCCACCUCCCCAAAAUAGUGUAAUUGGUUCUUCUGCAGCAUCAACACCAGUUGCGAGUCAUGCGACCGCUAAUGUUUCUGCCCAUAAUUUGUCUAGUGUCUCCACUUCUUCAGUGAGCCUUCCAGUUUCAGGUUCUAUUCGAGUUGUCAUGGAGAACACUGGUCCUACAAAUUCUUCUUCGGCUUUGAGUCUGUCCCCUUCUGCAAGGGAAGAAGAUAGUCUUCCUGGCCGCAGAUCAUCUCCAUCUCUUUCUGAUGCUGGACUUGUGAGGGGAAUUGGUAGAGGUGGCCUCUCCAGCCAACCAUCAGCUAGUAUCCCUCUUAGUGCUAGCAGUGUAGUUCCUGGCAAUGGAGCUGUUGGUGCAGUUCCUUCAGCCUCAGACAUGACGAAGAGAAACAUUUUAGUAGCCGAUGAGAGACUUGGGAGUGGUGGCAUGGUGCAGCCUCUGGUUUCCCCUCUAAGUAAUAGAAUGAUUUUGCCUCAGGCUGCCAAGGCAAAUGAUGGAACUGGUGCGAUUGAUUCUAGUAAUGUUGGUGAGCCUCCAGCUAUAGCUGGCAGAGUUUUUUCCCCUCCUAUGGUCCCUGGUAUGCAAUGGAGGCCCGGAAGUGCCUUUCAGAACCAGAAUGAAGCGGGGCAGUUUCGUGGAAGAACUGAAAUUGCACCUGAUCAGAGAGAGAAGUUUUUGCAACGGCUCCAACAAGUGCAGCAACAAGGUCACAGCACCCUUCUGAGCAUGCCACCUCUUGCUGGAGGAAAUCAUAAGCAGUUUUCUACACAACAGCAAAACCCCCUAUUGCAGCAGUUUAAUUCUCAAAGCACAUCUGCCUCUUCUCAAGCUGGUCUGGGACUUGGAGUCCAGGCAUCUGGUCUCAAUAAUGUUACUUCUGCCACCUUACAGCAGCAAAAUAAUUCCAUCCAUCAACAGUCUAAUCAACAGGCGUUGAUGUCAGGUGGUCCAAAAGAUGCUGAUGUUGGCUCUGCAAAAGUUGAGGAGCAGCAGCAGCAGCAGCAGCAACAACAGAAUUUACCUGAUGACUCAACUGUUGACUCUACAACUGGUUCUGGGCUUGGAAAGAGUCUCAUGAAUGAGGAUGAUUUGAAAGUCUCUUAUGCCAUAGAUAGUCCUGCAGGAGUAUCUGGCUCUUUGACUGAGCCUGCUCAAGUCCCUAGAGAUAUUGAUCUCUCUCCUGGGCAACCUUUACAAUCAAAUCAACCUUCUGGGAGCCUUGGUGUUAUUGGCCGAAGAAGUGUUUCUGACCUUGGUGCCAUUGGAGAUAACCUCAGUGGAUCAACUCUGAAUUCUGGGGGAAUGCAUGAUCAGUCAUACAAUUUGCAGAUGCUUGAGGCUGCUUAUUAUAAACUUCCUCAACCCAAAGAUUCUGAACGUGCAAGAAGUUAUACUCCAAGGCACCCUGCAAUUACUCCUCCUAGCUAUCCUCAAGUACAGGCACCUAUUGUUAAUAAUCCUGCCUUCUGGGAACGACUAGGUCUGGAAGUUAAUGGGACUGACACUCUCUUCUUUGCAUUUUACUAUCAGCAGAACACUUACCAGCAAUAUUUGGCUGCAAAAGAGUUGAAGAAGCAAUCUUGGAGAUACCACAAGAAAUACAAUACAUGGUUUCAACGGCAUGAGGAGCCUAAAGUUGCCACAGAUGAAUAUGAACAGGGGACAUAUGUGUACUUCGAUUUUCAUAUUGCCAAUGAUGACCUGCAGCAUGGAUGGUGCCAGAGAAUCAAAACAGAAUUCACUUUUGAGUACAACUAUCUUGAAGAUGAACUUAUGGUAUAGAGGAUCUGAAGAACAUUAAACAUGUCAUUGUUGUUUUCCAGGUGGAAUUCACAUAUGUUUAUGUUUCUUUGGGCGCUGCACAUAUCAGCAGACGUGGAGUUUGUUGCCAAAUGGCUUUGGCCUUCUGUUCUUGCAGGUAUCAUCAGAAAUUGGGUUGGGAACUGUUGAGUGCAAAAUUAUUAUCGAUCCUUCUCUAGUUCUUGAUGGGGGUAAACAUGGUUACUAAGUUCAAUUACGUAUCCAUGUUUAGCUUGUUAACUAAGGGGAUAUAUUGUAGUAACAAAGCAUAUUAAUCAUUGGUUUUUGUUUCCAUAUUUUGAUAUCUCAAUUACUUAUCAAAAACCAUUUUGAUAUCUCAAUGAACACAAUUGCAUCAAAUUAAAAGUAUAUUAGUACCAA